AUGCGAAAACUUCUCCCACCACUGGUUCAACUUGCAGCAACGCCGACUUCCUCUCCUUCAGUUUUCUUCCGUCGACGUCAUCACUGUACUGCCGUUUUCCUCAGGCAUAGCCGCCACAAGCCGUUGACAUCCGCCUCUCCUAAGCUAGCGUCGAUCAUUCAGGAAAUUAAAUGGUCUGCAAUUAAGUGGUAUAAUGCUAAAAUCUCUUGAAGGUUCGGUGAAAAUAGUAAGUUAUGGGGUACACCACAAAUUUCAUCACAAGGCAGAGAAAAUUUAAAAGAAGACACUGUGAGGUUCCCCAUGGAGGAGUUCCACAACGCAAGAUAUUUGCAACGCUAGGGGCAACAUUGUCUAGAUUCUCGGUUUUAAUGGACAUUAACGAUGAUUUUAAAAGCGAGAUUUUGUUAUUGACAAGAUACCUUCUUGAUUAAUUCAGGAGAUUUGGGUUCAUAAGAGCCACUCAUAAUUUUGCCAAGAAAGCAAAUAUUGAUCUCAAACAACCACUCGAUGGAACAUUGUUGAGAUGUUGGGAGGCGUACUCGAAUAAUAGAACCAAUAAUGUGGAUUAUUGGACCUUUUUCUAGCAUACAACCCUAAAAGAACUGAAAGAACACACUUCUGUGGGUAAAGCCUUAACUAUUACAACACCAAAUCAGCAACCCUUGGCUGUUGAUCAAUCAUAUACCAGCUUUGCAAGAUUGCAUUUACCCCUUCGACAAGUUGGUGCAAUGCAUUCAGGUGUAAGAACAUUUCUGGAUAAAGGUUUG